AUGCUAAUUACUCUAGAAUGCGUUAUACUUGCGUUGCAGGCGGUUUCUGCAGUUCGACUUGCAUUACAUCCACCAGUUGGAAUUGACAGUCAAUCAAGCAAUAGGCUAUCAAAACGAUCACCUGUUGAAUUGGGUGGUGAUAUUAACAAAUGCUACACAAUUAAAGUCAAUGUUCACGGAACUGAUUUGGGUUUACGAGUCGAUUCAGAUGCCUCUAACAUAAUGGUACCACUUCCUAGUUCAAGCAAUGAUGUGAGUUUGGCUUCAGAAAGUACUCCAAGUGGAGAACCCGUUACUAUAAAUUACAGAAGAAAACAGUAUAAAGGACUUACAUCCACAGCCGCUGUGACGAUUCCAGGUACUAGGAUAACUGACAUCAAUUUACCAGUGCUAGCAGUUGAAAAACAGUCGCCAGAUAUAGUUGGUAUUAGUUCAAAGUUUGAUGGAGUAUUUGGGUUUGGCCAUCCUUAUUUGUUAAAUCGUCAUUCACGAAUCACUGCGAUGGAUGUUUUGUACACCAAUAAUGUCAUUCCCAAUAACGAGGUUAGUCUUCAACUAUGUCCGUAUGAUAUUCUGCAUGAAAGUUCCAUCAAUAUAGGAAACACAGACAUAACUGCAAAAUGCGGAACAGAUGGAAGCAGUGUUGCAUGGGUAGAGUCACCAACAAACAAUCAAUUUACUGUCAACAUCAAGAGUAUACUAGUCAAUGGCGAACAAGUGGAUCUACCCGAUGAAUUCCAAAAAAGGGUAGAGAAUGGACAUACUUUGUAUUCGGUUAUACAAACAUGUUUUAGAUAUAUGGUUUUUCCUGAAACAGUCGUGGCAGCGUUGAUUGAUGCCAUUGUUGGUAGUAAUGCGAUCACUAUCAAAAAUAUAUUAUUUAGAAACAGACUCGGCAAAAUAGCGGUUAAAAACAUAUUACAGAAAAACCAUCCAAUGUCCAAAUUCGAGUUUAAAAUCAAAUGGGAAAAGCUGCCGUCGCUUUCGAUUACAAUGUUUGCUAAAAACCCCAUAACUGAUGAAAACCACGAUUCCGUUGUAACGAUCAAACUGGGUCCUAGAGACUAUCUACAGAGAGUUGAUUCUGAUGAAUUUGAAUUUAUUGUAGCAGCUGGUCCAAACGACAAUGUAAUUCUUGGUAUACCAUUUAUGAACCGACUUGCAGUCACAUUUGAUCGAACACAUAAACGCAUUGGGUUUGGUCCUGGAUGUGGAUGUGAAGUCAUGGCUGAUGGAUAUCCUACUAUUUCGAAUGCUGAUCAAGUGCUCUGGCCAUUAUCACAUGUUAGAUUGCCUGAACAACCAAGUACUUCAAGUUCAGAUGGCACAUCUACUCUCAGGAGAUCAUUGUCGCGACUUGGUAGUACUCUUCGUGGUAGUAGGCGCUCAAAAAUGACUUACAGGGAUUCUAAUGGGUAUUGGCCACUAAACUGA